AUGGAUGCGAACGCCUACCUGAAACGCCAUGGCUGGCGCGGAGAUGGUCACUCCCUGGAUACGACAAAUCGCGGCAUUCGGAAACCACUCCUGGUCAGCAAGAAAAUCGAUGUCCUCGGCGUCGGCCUCAAUAAGCAUGCUGCUGUGUCCGACCAGUGGUGGAUGCGUGCUUUCGACGAAGGGUUGAAGAAUCUGGGAACCGAUAAGAAAAGUACUUUGAGCACGGUGAGGGAACAUGGCAUCCAUCUCGGUGGUCUGUACGGACGAUUCGUUAAGGGCGAGACCGUGGAAGGCACGAUUGGAAGUGGGAGCACCAGUGAGGAUGAUAAGGUCAAGGCUAUGGGUGGGGAGGUGCUGGGACAGAAGAGGAAGCGCGACGAUACCAUGGAGGAGAAGAGACGGACGGUGAGGAGCACGCUGAAGAAGGAGAAGAGAGCUGCGAAGGAGGAGGCCGGAAGAUCGAAGAAGUCGAAGAAAAGCAAAGCCUCGAAAUAG